ACUGAAAUUUACCAUGUUCCUCCAGCUCCAACGACCAAGCAAGCAUCAUACGACGCUCCACCGGUCACAAGGCUGAGUUUACUACCAACUCCGACGUCAAACGAGGCGUCGAAUGGGAUAGAGAAUCCCCGAGCACAUCAAACAAACCUGGAAUGUAAGCUACCAUCGCAUCUACAUAGCCCAUCAUUUCCAAUGCACGACAAAAACGGCGGUUCCUAA